UAAAAAUCAGAAUUCGUAAAUUUCCUAUCCAUCGCGAGUCAGAACUGCCAACGCACAAGCUUUACGCGGGAACACUGCUCGGAAGUUCUUUCUCCUCUCUCGGCGCUCGCGGCGAGCGCCGUUUGAAUUUCUCGGAAGAAAGCCGGCGUAGUUGACACACGUUUGUAGCUCGCACGCCGAGUCGUGGUCGGCGUUUACACUUUGUUUAUAUCCAGCAUUGUCGGUCGUUUUUUUUUUUCUACUCGUCCUCGUCCCAAACAAUACAUCGAACCUUCAGGCUCUCAAUGAUCGACUGUAUUCGCUGACAAAAAGGGCUGUAAUAUCAGGAUUUAUCGUGUUAGCAUCGCGUUAUAUGGCGACUGGAUGCCCGCAAGAAUCCGUUGAUUCUUUAUUCGCAUAGUCCGAAGGAAAUACUCAAGAUGAGCGAAUCGACGAAUAGCACAACGAAGGAGGAAAAGGAUCCCGUAGAGAAAGACGAGGCAAAGCCCGGCGGAUCGCGCGACGAUGGCAAGGAGAAGAGGACUAGCAACAGGAAAAGAAAGGCCUCGACCAGCGAUCCCGUGGCUCUGGCGGAUGAGGUGAAGGCCAAACUGAAGGUGAAGAUAUCUAGUAAGAAGAAAAAGGGCAAGAAGUCUUCUAAGGUCUUCUCGAAGAAAAGCAUUAAGGACAAGUCUCCCAAGGAGAAGAAAAAGACCGGCAGUAGGAGCAAGAAAGCCAGAACAGAGCCACCUGUAGAGGUUCCGCAAGAUGCCAGUGUUGCAGUCCACAACGAGCUACUGCCUCCAGAGGUUUUGAUAUGCACGACUGCUGAAGUUCACAAUGAGAUGAACUCUGCAGAGAUUGUAACCGAUGCAAAUAUUGAGAUUUGCAGUGAUUUAACCGUAGAAGUUGCACAACUGGAAGACACGCGUGUUUAUGAAGCUCAAGAGCCGUUGCAAAGUAUAGACAAUGAAGAUGAUAAAAAAGAAGAUCAAGAUUUUGACAGCGAAUCUUGCAAUGCCACUUUGGCUUUUACAGAUGCAGAGAGUGAGACUUCCAGGAGUAACUAUGAAAAGUUUAUGAUCGAUACUCAAAACCGAUCAAAUGAGUUUCUGUUGGGUUUCAAUAGCAAAUUGAAACCUGAAUUGACCAUGAUCGAUCCAGAGGCUAAAGAAGUAAGAGAAGAUCAGGAAGAAGCAAUGGAUAUAUGUAAAAAUGCUAGUAACUGCACGAAAGAUGAUUUGGACAGUGAGAAGACUAUGAUUGAAGUACAAGAUACUAUAAUUGAUGAGGCUCUGUUGGAUUUUAAUAACAAACAAGAACUCCAAUUGGCAGUAUUAGCUACAGAGACAGUAAAUGCAAAUCCUGUGGAAUUGAACCAACAGAAAGAUGUAGAAGUAGGAAAAGAUGACGAUGAAGCAAUGGAUACAUGUGAAGAUUUUAAUAAGGAUCUAUUAAAAGAGAAUAUAGAAGCUAAUGAAAAUGAAGAAAUUGAUGUAUGUGGAGAUAAUGAUGAUGCUGAAGAGGUUCAUCAUGCAAUGGAGUUGACUGAAGUAAAUGCUGAUUCUUCGAAUAAACACACAGAUGAAGGGAGCAAGGAACAGAACAAAAUUAUAGAUUCAUGCAAGCAUGAACAAAAUCAAGAAAGUAAAUCACUUAAAAUAAAAACUUUAAAAUUAAAAACAUCAAAAUCUUCCAAGCAAAGUUCAUCUAAAUCUUCAAAAUCAAGAGAUAGAAAAAAAAGCAAGAACAAAAGUAGAAAAGAUUCCACGACAGCUACCACAAGUCCUGACCCUUAUUAUAAAGUUAACAAGCAAGAUGAUAUUUCCUGCAGAAUUUGUGAACAAACGUUGAACUACCAAUUAAAGUUUUAUACUGGUGAACCUGAAAAUGGCUAUGAUGAGGAACUUGCUAUUAUAGAUUCUCGUUUGUUACUCUUUAAUGGAGAUGAAGAAAAUAUUUCUAGAGAAGAUACCAGAGCCUACAAUAAAAUUACUUCAUUCAGUGUGUACUGCAAUAAUGGCCAUCUUUGUCCCUUUGAUUCUGGACUGAUUGAAAGAGACGUUGAAAUUUACUUCUCAGGAUAUGUCAAGCCCAUCUAUAGUGAUGAUCCAUCAAUAGAAAAUGGGGUUCCAGGUAAAAACUUUGGCCCUAUUGUGGAAUGGUGGUCGACAGGCUUUGAUAUUGGAGAGCAGCCAACUGUGGCUAUAAGCACCGAAAUAGGAGACUACAUCCUAAUGGAACCAUCUGACGAAUAUAAGCCAUUCAUGCAUUCAGUUCUUAUAAAAAUUCUAAUUGGCAAAAUCGUUAUUGAGUAUCUUGUUUAUGAACCACACGCUACUUACGAAGAUUUGCUGAAUAAACUCCAGAGUGCCUCAUCGAAAUACGACAUUUUGCCGAACAUGACGGAAGACGUACUUUUAGAGUAUGCACCGUUUAUCUACCUCCAGGUGAUGUCAUAUGAUGAAACUGCCAAGCUAAACGAACCGUUAAUGCUUGUUGCGCCUUGCAUUCGCCGACUCAUCGAUCUCGCCGGAAUCUCGUUUAAAGUGAAUCGCGGAGUAUCUUCCCGAGGACAGUUUCACAAGUAUCAAGAGCGAAGGGCUGGCGAGUACAGAAAAGAACUGCUGCGCAAAGUAGCUGAAAACAGAGGUGACAAUUCGAUUACUAGCCAACUGAUCGACUCGCUGUUGCCUGACGUGGAGGAAAAGCUGAUAACUUUGUCGAAGCCGUGUACCAGAGAUCCUUGCGGUAGCUGCGAUCGUUGCCAACGAUCCAGUUGCAAGGAAUGCGAACCCUGUUCGCAAAAAAAUUACGAGGACUGCCCUCGGCGACGUUGCUUCUACCGUGAAAUUCAAGAAGCGAACGACGAGGACGCAAAGGACAGCGUAAAUCUCUCGCAAUUGAAAGGAAACAGUAGCAUAAGUGUCUUCAAGAAAACGAUCAACAUUUUCUCGAGUUUUAAUGCAAAACUUGAAUGGUUGGGCGAUCCGCUAAUAGUCGAAGGCUCUGGUAAUACUUUCUACGCGGCUGUAAAACACGAAGAAGAGACAGUCUGCGUUGGUGACUUUGUACUCGUACGGUCGGUAGACCAGAGUGUCCCUGCACAGGUAGUCAAGAUCGCCUACAUGUGGGAGGAUAACGUGGGACUAGCUCACUUUCACGCCAACCUUUACUGGUGGGGCAAAGAUACAGUGCUCGGUGAGCUGGCUCGCCCCAACGAGCUUUUUUCCAUUAACAAGUGCAAUAAUAUAUCAGUCAACUGUAUCACUGAAAGGAUCAACAUCGACGAGAGGUAUAUGCCCAGAAACCAGGAUGUAAGCACAGACGAGGACAUAAAGGCGAACAACAUUUUCUGUGAAAAGUCGUAUGAUCCGUCAGACGGAUCUUUUCACGAUCUGACAAAGCCAGAGGAAGUAUCAGUUUUACCGACUCAUCGGUCGUGCAUCAACUGCGAGGGUAAGCACCGACGAAGCGAACGAGUUGAGCCUCGAACUGUUGAUGAGCUCGGUAAAAAGGAAGAAGGGACAUUGUACCGUGCCGUAAUAUACAAAGACGAGGAGUACAUCGUGGGAAGCUGCGUUUACCUCAAGCCGAAGUCUCUUUACUUUCAGUUUCCUAUGCUGCUGGAUCAUGCGAAAUCGUCCGGAAAAAUUAGUAAAAAGAUAGACGAAGAAAAGUAUCCAGAACUUUACAGAAAAGCCGAAGAUGCAGUAAUCGAUUCCAAAUUCGACAUGCCGGCACCGUUUGAUAUAGGGUAUAUUACCGAGAUAUUUACCACGGACAAGCUGUACAUCAAAGUCAAAAAACUAUAUCGGCCGGAAAAUACUCAUAGAAAUGAAGUUUUAAUUAAACAGAAUGACAUGAACAUGCUUUAUUGGAGUAAUGAAGUAUGUACGGUUUCAUUCAAUUACGUUGUACGAAAAUGUUACGUAGCGCACAUAAAAGAUUUCAGUAAGAGUGUAGAAGAGUGGUCCAAUCUUGGACCCGAUCGUUUUUACUUCAUGCAAAUGUACCACGAUAAGAAAUUUACCGACAUUGAAAGAAACAUGUAUGGCUGUGAAGAUGUACCGCUUGACCCUCCAAUUGAUUAUCCGGAUGUAGAUGCAAUGACAUCUCUAGAGAUAUUUGCUGGUUGCGGUGGUCUAUCAUUGGGUUUACGCGAAUCUGGCGUGAUAAAGAAACUUGGCAGUUGGGCCAUAGAAAGUGAUGUAGAUGCAGCUAAUACGUUUCAGCUAAAUAAUCCUGAUAUUACUGUUUUGGUGGGGCAUCCUGAUAUCGUUUUAAAAAAUGCUAUGAAGGGUGAAUUCGAAGAUUCAGAUGGAAAACUUUUACCCCGCAAAGAUGAUGUUGAGUUUUUAUGCGCUACUCUGCCGUGUGAAAAUUACAAAACUAUGACUGAUAUUACUGUUUUCAAGCAUUCGUACAUUGCAACAUUUUUGUCGUACUGCGAUUAUUACAAACCAUCACUGUUUAUUUUAGAAGCUGAUGAGAAAUUAAUUAAAAGGAGUUUUGUCCUUAAAUUAACUUUAGCUUGCCUUGUCAGUAUGGGCUACCAGGUGACGUUCGAUUUAAUGCAAGUCGGCUGUUAUGGUGCACCUCAAAAUCGAAGAAGAUCAGUACUAUUGGGUGCCGCGCCAGAUUCAGUGCUACCUAAAUUUCCGGAACGUCUUCAUGUAUUUCCCAAACCUUUAUGCGAGUUGGGAAUUGUUAUAGAUAGUAAAAAGUACACACAAGACACUUUUUGGACUGAGUCAGCGCCUUAUAGGUCUGUAACAGUACAAGAUGCUUUAAUAGAUUUGCCAACUACAAAAGUGGCAAUUACGGAAGAAAUGAAUUACGACGCGAAGUCUACAUCCCUUUUCUCGAAAAUCAUGAGAUUAAACAUGCUUGAGCCAACUGUGUUUAAUCACGUAUGUAAGGAUUUAGGUCCUCUAGUAGAAUGCAGGAUAAGUCAGAUACCACUAGCGGUUGGAUCGGAUUGGCGAAAUCUACCAAACAUCGAGAUGCAACUAAAGGACGAAAGCUAUGCCAAAAAACUAAUAUACAACUAUGAUGACGUUGAAGCGGGAAAGAGUUCGAACGGCGAGCUUAGAGGCGUCUGUAGCUGUGCGUCUGGCGAAAGAUGCGACCCUCGCGAUAGACAGCAUGGCUGCUUAAUUCCUUGGCAUUUAGUGCAUUCGGCCAGAAAAAAUAAGCACUGGGCCGGUAUCUAUUCCAGGCUUCAAUGGGACGGGUUCUUCAAUGGCGCCAUAACCAACCCCCAGCCCUUAGGGACGCAGGGUCCUGUGUUGCACCCGACACAACCGCGAGUGGUAAGCGUACGCGAGUGCGCCCGAGCUCAAGGUUUUCCCGACGAAUUCGUACUACCUCAGAAGAUCGGCAUCCAUAACAUGUAUCGGAUAAUCGGCCGAGCCUCGUCGCCCUUCCUUGGUCGCGCCAUAGGUCACGAGAUUGCUCGCAGCUUAGCCGCUAGGCAUCGCAAGUGAUAUCUUCGAUUUCUAAUUCGUAUCUUCGGUAUACACAGCUCUUUGACUUUUCGAUUGGAUAAUAUUUGUGAUGUUACUGGAAUGUUUGACUAUUGUUGUUUAUAUACUUGGAUUAUUUUUGACCUAAGUUUAUUUAUUUUAGGAUUGUUUAUGAUAUUUUAGUUAAAGCGACUACUUUUCUACAUCACUCAUUUAUGUACAGUGUUACAUAGCUUAGAUAGACAUUAAAUACAUUUUUUUUCUACUUUUGCAAA